AUGGAGGGCGCGGGGGGGCCCGGGGGCGGGCGGAGGCGUCCGGCCACCCGGGAGGGGCCCGCCGUGGGGCUCGAGGAGGACGCCCUCCAGCAGGUCGCCCGGCAGGCUGAAGCCAGGCUGGCAGCGAAGCGUGCAGCACGAGCUGAAGCACGGGAAAUCCGAAUGAAGGAACUUGAACGGCAGCAAAAAGAGAUCUAUCAAGUUCAAAAGAAAUAUUGUGGUCUGGAUGCAAAGUUUGGUGACAUCGAGCAAUGGAUGGAAGAUACUGAGCGUUACAACCGUAAACCCAGAAGAUGUACUUCGGUUUCAGAUGAAGAUGAUCGUAUGUCAGUGGGUAGUCGUGGAAGCCUAAGGCCUUCGGAAUACAGUUGCUACCUGGGCUCUGGAUCUCGGGCUUCUUCAAGGGCUAGUUCUGCUCGCGCAAGUCCGGUGGUUGAAGAAAGGCCUGACAAAGACUUCGAGAGGGGAGUUCGUACUGUGUCAAGUUUGUCAGCGGCUACUUUGGCCUCCCUCGGUGGGACUUCUUCACGAAGGGGCAGUGGAGACACCUCCAUUUCUGUUGAUACUGAAGCAUCUAUUAGAGAAAUUAAGGACAUCAAUGAGUUAAAGGACCAGAUUCAAGAUGUAGAAGGAAAAUACAUGCAGGGAUUGAAGGAAAUGAAGGACUCCCUAGCUGAAGUUGAGGAGAAAUAUAAGAAGGCUAUGGUUUCAAAUGCUCAGCUAGAUAAUGAGAAAACAAAUUUCAUGUACCAAGUAGAUGCUUUAAAGGAUGCAUUGUUAGAACUGGAAGAACAGCUGGCAGAAUCCAGAAGACAAUAUGAAGAGAAAAAUAAAGAUUUUGAAAGAGAAAAACAUGCUCAUAAUACAUUGCAAUUUCAAUUCAUGGAAGUCAAAGACGUUUUGAAGCAAAGAGAAGAACUGCUUGCAGAAAUCCAGCAACUGCACCAGAAACAGGAGGGCUAUAACAGGGAAAUUUCUGAUCUUCAGGAGACAAUAGAGUGGAAAGAAAAAAAGAUAGGGGCAUUAGAGAGGCAGAAAGAGUUCUUUGAUUCCAUAAGAAGUGAGCGAGAUGAUCUUAGAGAGGAGGUGAAUAUGCUGAAGGAACAAUUGAAGAAGCAUGGGCUCAUCCCUAAUUCAGAGAUGGCUACCAAUGGAGAAACUUGUGGUGACAUACCGUCAGGUUCUUCCUCGAUUGUUCCAGUGACAGGUCAUGCUGUUCAGUUAGUUGAAGAUGGAAAUCUAGACAUACGAUUGAAAAAAUUAGUUGAUGAACGAGAAUCUUUACUUGAACAGAUUAGAAAAUUAAAAGCACAACUGGAAGAAAAGCAGACCAGUAAAACUGAUAAUUUACAUUUAAAAGAUGGAAUAAUAGAAAAUGGCACAGAAACACAUGUGAUUGAUCUUCAAAGAGAUGCAAAUAGACAAGUCAGUGACCUCAAGUUUAAACUUGCAAAGGCUGAACAAGAUAUUACUACACUGGAACAGAAUGUAAUACGUUUGGAAAGUCAAGUUACUCGCUAUAAAACUGCUGCAGAAAAUGCGGAAAGGACAGAGGACACACUGAAAGCAGAAAAACGUAAACUCCAAAGAGAGCUUCGUUCAGCAUUGGAUAAAACAGAAGAGCUGGAAGUGAGUAAUGGUCAUCUCCUUAAAAGGCUUGAAAAGAUGAAAGCCAAUCGAAGCGUUUUACUUUCUCAGCAAUAGAUGCCCCCUUGCACUGGAGACC